GUCUCUGCUCUUGUUAGCUUUACUUUUUUUUAUUUAAGUUAAUGGGUAAGGUAAGUUAAUUUGUAUAGCACCUUGCAACAACACGGUAGUUAGUUGGGAAGCUUGCAGCUUGCCGAGUUUCAAUGCAGGUCAUAUUUUAUUUGUGAAUUAUAAACCAAGUACAACAUUCAUUCCCCCUGCCACCUGUUUAAUCUCCAACUUGGACUGGUCAAAGGUUUAAAAAAAAAAAAAAAAACAACCUCCAAGCCUUCAGCUUUUAUAAAUCUGAGGAAACAGAACGGUUGAAACUCAAGCUCAGCUUAAAAAGUGAUGGAGGAGGAAAAAACAUGGGCAUUGAUCUCAGAGGUGGGGGGCGAGAACGGUUACCGUGAAGAGCUAGCUGACAUUGUGAAACAACACUUCCAAAUCAUCUGCCUCAGAGAUCUUCUACAAAACCCAGAGCUUCACGGCCCCAAAAUCAAGGUCCUGUUUUGUUGGAAGUACAGCCCUGAGGCCGAGCCUUGGUUGCUUAGACUGCUUCCCUCCCUCAAAUUGGUUGCCAGUGCAGGAGUGGGCACCGACCACCUGGAUGUGCCGUUCAUCAACAGUCUCGGGGUGAAGGUGGCCAACACUCCUGGUGUAGUCAGCGACUCCACUGCUGAUUUCGCCAUGGGUCUACUUCUGGCAUCAGCUCGCAAGAUCCUUGAGGGUCAACAAAUAGCCACCGACCCAAAGACCACCCACAUACCACAAAACCUGAUGGGAGAUGAAGUCACAGGGUCGACUCUGGGGAUCGUUGGAAUGGGAGAGAUUGGGUACAAAAUUGCCCAAAGAGCCAAAGGAUUUGAAAUGAAGAUCCUGUAUCACAACAGGACCAGACGGAGUCUAGACGACGAGCAGGCAGUCGGAGCCGGUUACUGCGAGAGCCUGGAUGACCUGCUGAGGAGGUCGGACUUUGUCGUGAUAGCCGUCAAACUGACCGCGGACACGACGGGCCUCUUCGGCCGCAGAGAGCUGUCUCUCAUGAAACCCACAGCAACUCUGGUCAACAUCAGCAGAGGUAGAGUUCUGGACCAGGAUGCGUUAGUUAAAGCUCUCCAGUCUGGAACAAUUCGUGCAGCAGCAUUAGAUGUGACUCAUCCUGAACCUUUACCAAGGGAUCAUCCACUCCUCGGCCUGCCUAAUGUGCUGAUCACCCCCCACAUCGGGAUCAGUACCCACAGUACAGCAAGAAGGAUGAUAGAGAAGAUGGUAGAAAAUGCCCUGGCCGCAGUGAAAGGCUCGCCUGUUCCAAACGAAGUCAAGCUGCAGUAACACAGUCGAUGUUAAAACUUUCUGCAGAAUUUUUACGAAGAGAUUUACUAAUGCAAAAUUUUAAAACAUGUCUUGAAGCAAAGUUAAAAUAAUACAGAACAUUUUUUAAAUUAAUUUUAUAAAAAUUUAAUUGCACAUUGUUUCCAAUACAAAACUAUUCUUUCUAUAUACUUGUGAUAUCAUCUACACCUGACAUUUCACAAUCACAGCUUACACCGAUGACAAGCAUUAAGAAUAACUACAUAUAAUAGCCAAUCUUCUCGCCGAUGGUCUCGUUUACUUAUGUAGGUCAUAUACAGUAAGUGAGAUUGUUUCAUAGCAGUUAAAAGUUCCUCACAGUAACUUUAAUGAACAAGAUAUUUCAUUUUCUCCCUACAAUGCCCACAACGCAACUAAAGCACACCAUUUCUAUAGUUGUGUUAACAGUACUUGGUUAAUGUUACGGAAAAGACUGUAAAUAUUGAAAACAGUGACAUGAAACAUGUGACAGGACGUGUUUACCAUAUUUAACUGAAAUUACACUCUUUCCCGAACCUUAACCAAAGUGCUUUUGUUGCUUAAAUUUAACCCCAACGUGGGACUCAGGAGGAUGAGCGUGCACAAAUGAGGCUCUUGAGGCCCCGUUUGUGAAUGAGUGUAGCAAUGGGGACGGACAGCAGCGCGGCUGCCACUCACUCUCUAUCUAUGAUUGUAUUUUAAAAAGGGCACGCUGUCUAGAAAUGAAGGGCACCCUUUCAGCGGGCGGCCCACACAGGCCUCCCUGAAGCCCACAGCUCGGCUGACUGUGGCUGGCCUUUUCCCUCCAGGCUGCUCCUGUAAACUGUGAAGGUGAGAGCUACAUUAGUCUAUUACAGAUGUGACCUCACUGGAAACUAGAGGUGUCCUUGAGAUCUUUUGAUCGUCCCACACCUCCUUAGUUCCAUUUUCUCGACAGUCUUUUCUUUUUAUGCAUUAAUACACUAAAAGGCUUUGUUCAUAUAAAAGGUACAUUUGCAUCUGAACAUGGUGUUUUAAAAAAAAAAAAAUCUAUUUGCAUUCUAAAGCCCGAUUCGAAUGACAUUAACAUUAAAGGUUGA